AUGGAGGCUGAACCAGCAGCAAAGCCGCAGUGCGGAGGUGGACAGGCGAAUGCGGAUGAUUAUGACUUGCCUCUCCAUGUGGCAGCACUUUUCCUUGUGUUACUUUUCAGUAUCUUUGGUGCAGGAUUUCCCGUCGUCGCGAAGAGAGUCAGCUGGAUGAAGAUUCCACCCAAGCUCUUCUUCUUCUGCAAGCAUUUUGGUACAGGUGUACUCAUAGCAACAGCCUUCGUUCAUCUUCUCCCAACUGCCUUCCAAUCCCUCAAUAAUCCAUGUCUCCCGGAUCUUUUUGUUGUCCAAUACCCUGCAAUGCCUGGCGUGAUCAUGAUGGCUUCCCUUUUUGCUCUCUUUGUCAUUGAGAUGAUUUUGAAGUCGAAGACCGGAGGACACUCUCAUGGCUGA